AUGAGGUUCACUUCAUCAUCAUAUCUAAAAAAACACCUGACAGUUCAUUCAGGUGAGAAGCCACCUGUGUGUUCUUACUGUGGAAAGAGUUUUUCACUGCAACAUAAUUUGAAGCAGCACCAGAAAACACAUAUUAAAGUGAGAGAUCAUGUGUGUUGUGACUGUGGGAAGAGCUUUACUAGAGCUGACCUUCUGGAACAGCACCAAAUGAUUCAUACUGGAGAAAAACCUUACAAGUGCUCAUAUUGUGACAAGAGUUUCACUCAGUCUGUAAACCUGAAAGCACAUGAGCGAGUUCAUACUGGAGAGAAGCCGUAUCGCUGGACUCAGUGUGGAAAGAGUUUCAGAAGUAAAAAUGGUCUGGACUGUCACCUGCUCGUUCACUCUGGAGUAAAGCCAUUUACCUGUGAUCAGUGUGGUACAGAUUUUAAAUUAUCAUCAAAACUAGAAGAACACAUAAAAAUUCAUACAAAUGUGAGACCGUAUGCAUGUUCAUUUUGUGGAAAGUGUUUUGCUCGGCUGGAUCAUUGUAAACGGCACCAGAAAACACACACUGGUGAGAAAGAUCAUGUGUGUCGUGAGUGUGGGAAGAGCUUUACUAGAGCUGAUAAUCUGCAACAGCACCAAAUACUUCAUACUGGAGAGAAACCUGACAAGUGCUCAUAUUGUGACAAGAGUUUCACUCAGUCUGGAAACCUGAAAAAGCAUGAGCGAGUUCAUACUGGAGAGAAGCCGUAUCGCUGGACUCAGUGUGGAAAGAGUUUCAGAAGUAAAAAUGGUCUGGACUGUCACCUGCUCGUUCACUCUGGAGUAAAGCCAUUUACCUGUGAUCAGUGUGGUACAGAUUUUAGAUUAUCAUCAAAACUAGAAGAACACAUGAAAAUUCAUACAAAUGUGAGACCGUAUGCAUGUUCAUUUUGUGGAAAGUGUUUUGCUCGGCUGGAUCAUUGUAAACGGCACCAGAAAACACACACCAGUGAGAAAGAUCAUGUGUGUCGUGAGUGUGGGAAGAGCUUUACUAGAGCUGAUAAUCUGAAACUGCACCAAAUACUUCAUACUGGAGAGAAACCUUACAAGUGCUCAUAUUGUGACAAGAGUUUCACUCAGUCUGGAAACCUGAAAGUACAUGAGCGAGUUCACACUGGAGAGAAGCCGUAUCACUGUACUCAGUGUGGAAAGAGUUUCACACAAUCAUCAAACCUUCUCACUCAUAUGAGAAAAUAUUGCAAGUGA